GACAUGGUUGAAGCCGAUCGCCCCGGGAAGCUCUUCAUUGGCGGGCUCAGCCCCGAAAUCGACGAGAAAACCCUCGAGGCCGAGUUCGGCAAGUAUGGCCGCGUCAUCGAGGUGCUCCUGAUGAAAGAUCGAGAAACCAGCAAGUCCAGGGGCUUCGCGUUCGUCACCUUCGAAAGCCCCGCGGACGCCAAGGCCGCCGUCAGGGACAUGAACGGCAAGUCGCUGGAUGGUAAGGCCAUCAAAGUGGCCCAGGCCACCAAACCGGCGUUUGAGAGCGGCCGUCGGGGCCCGCUGCCGCCGUCCCGCAGCCGCGGUCGCCCGAGGGGCCUGCGCGGGGCUCGUGGGGGCGGUGUCGGCCCGCGGCGCUCGCCCUCCCGGGGCGGGUCAGCCGACGACGGCGGCUACGCGGGGGAUUUCGACCUGCGGUCCUCCAGGGCCCCGAUGGCCAUGAAGCGCGGGCCGCCGUCGCCGCGCAGGGCCGGCCCGCCCCCCAAGAGGGCCGCGCCGUCGGGCCCGCCUCGCAGCAGCGGCGGCGGCGGCGGGCUGCGCGGGCGGGCCCCGGCCGCGCGUGGGCGAGAUGGCUACUCGGGCCCGCCGCGCCGGGAGCCGCCCCCGCGCCGGGACCCCUACCUGGGCCCCUGGGAGGAGGGCUACUCGUCCAGGGACAGCUACUCCAGCCGCGACUACCCCAGCGCCCGCGACUCCCGGGAUUUCGCCCCCUCGCCCCGCGAGUACACCUAUCGCGAUUACGGCCACUCCAGUGCCCGGGACGACUUCCCAUCGAGAGGCUACGGCGACCGAGACGGCUACGGGGGUCGCAGCCGUGACUACGCGGAUCACCCCAGCGGAGGCUCCUACCGAGAUCCCUUCGAGAGCUACGGAGACCCGCGCAGCGGCAACCCCGCGCGGGGCCCGCCGCCAUCUUACGGCGGCCGAGGCCGCUACGACGAGUACCGGGGCUGCUCGCCCGACGGCUACGGCGGCCGCGACAGUUACGGCGGCGGCCGCAGCGACCGCUACUCCCGGGGCCGCGACCGCGUCGACAGGGCCGAGCGCGGGCUCCCCGCGUCCGUGGAAAGGGGGUGCCCUCCGCCGCGCGAUUCUUACAGCCGGUCGGGCCGCCGCGCCCCCAGAGGCGGAGGCCGCCUAGGAAGCCGCUUGGAGAGAGGGGGAGGCCGGAGCAGAUACUAA